AAGUGUUUACCAGUGAAUUGUCCGAAUGCAUUUUGUCCAGUGAAUGCUUGUUAAUAUUACAUCAUGCAUUGGCCCUUCUCGGCGUCCUGUGAGGGCGUUGGGUGACUAACGAAAAUACAUAGUGAAAUGGAAAAUGGGCCUGCCUAGUUAUGUUUUGUUGAUAUGUAUGUAGCGACACCGUGAGGAACGCGCCUGCGCCAGACAGGUUCCCAGACCACAACACGGGACUUUCUCUGUCGAGAUAGCAGGUACUUCCACGACGUAGGAGGAAUGUAUGUUUCCGUUGGUCAGUUCUUUGCUCUAUGGUUGGAGAGUUGCGGUUCAGUGUUCUACGGGUGGCAGUUACUAGUUGUUGAAUGAUCUUAUUUGCGUCUUCACGGUUGAGUUACUGAACACGACACUACGCAAUUUUCCGGACCCAAGUAUCGGGAAUGCGAGACCUCAUUUACCCGACGAAUCGUGAUGCUGGGCGGUACCGGUAAUAAAAACGUCAUCUCACGCAGUCCUAUCAUCAGGCGGAUCGUUAGUAAAUCGGCAAUCAUAACUUUCCCCUGCGCCACAUACAGCUGAUGAUCGGCCAAAUUCAAGCCGUUUGCAACGGUAGCAAACUCUGGCCCGGCAGCACGUGAACGUACCUGGCACACAUACGUACACACGGUCGUGUGGCCGUGGGCAACCAGAGUGAAAUCAGCUUGUUAGCUAUCGGCACUUGGCAAGCUGGACUGAUUUUGCUCUCAACUCACAACCCGAGCUUAGUGUCGCCGAUUGCUUGAGAAGUUGGGGCUAACCAAAAUUAACUUCCUCCAUUUCAUACUGAAUAUCAUCACUUGGGUACGAACGUGUAUCUACAUUAAAUUUUAAUAAUCUUCAUUCCACUUCCCGUAACUGCAAAACAUUGUAGUGGCCUUUCUAAUGAAUACAAAAUAUGUAUGUGUCCCCGAGUGGCAAUGCUGACGGUCUAGUACAUGUAGUUGCUGGGUCCAUGUACCGAUUUGCCACAGCUGUAAGCGUGCAUCGCGCGUCGGACUUUUCUUAGAUUAUAAAUUGGUACCGACCGGCAGCCUGCCAGCAACCUAACCCAGUUCGCCUCUGCAUCUAGACCGGCAACAAGCUCGUGAAAUUUAGCGCCAGAACAGCUCUGAUUUUACGCCGCACGUCAUGUGUUAACUUCGGUGCGUGCCCACGCGUAAGUGUCGUACAUGAGUGUCCGUCUACCUAAGAUAGCAAGAUAGCAGUUGAGUUGCUGAAGGAUGUUAGGACCCGUUAACUUCAGGAUGAUGGCAUGUACAGCCAUUCUAACAGUUUUGGUUCUGCCGUAUUUACAAGUGGCUUUUGCAAAGGACAGCGGAGAACCACAUUUUGUAAACGACACAGAUCAGUCCCAAGUUGGAUGGCACGAGCGCCAGCUGGUCAGUCGGCUGCUGGACAGUGAACGGUUCCCGCACCGCGCCUUGACCUUACCAGCCGACCAGCAGGAUCUGCCCCUUACCGUGGAGAUUGGCAUGAUGCUCCAGCAGAUCAUGAAUGUGUAUGAGAAGGACCAGAUUCUGAUCAUCAACGCAUGGCUCAACUAUGGGUGGACUGACCCAACCCUAGCCUGGAACCAGUCACACUACGGCGGUGUCAAGAAUAUUCGGCUUCCGCCAAGCCAUCUUUGGACGCCAGAUGUGCUCCUCUACAACAGUGCUGAUGAUGGCUUUGACGCGACCUACCACACCAACGUGUUGAUCAACUCGUCUGGCUACUGCGUCUGGAUUCCACCGGGGAUCCUCCGCAGCACCUGCCAAAUCAACGUCGAAUAUUUCCCUUUCGACGAGCAGAUCUGCACGCUCAAGUUCAGCUCUUGGACCUACGACGGCUUCGCGUUGGACCUCAUCUCCAAGAACGACAGCUCUUUCACUGACUCCAUGACAGAGAACGGGGAGUGGGAGAUGCUAAGUAUGUGGGCGGUGAGGGAAGUUGAACCAUUUGAGAGUACAACUUACGUCGCGGUUACCUUUAAACUCCACAUCCGUCGACGUUCCCUCUACUACUUCGUCAAUGUCCUCAUCCCGUGCGUGCUUAUCUCCAUGCUGACGGUGCUCAGUUUCAGUCUUCCACCAGACAGCGGGGAGAAAUUGUCUUUCGGUGUUACCAUCUUACUGUCACUGACAGUCUUCAUGAUGAUAGUAGCCUCGGCCAUGCCCGAAACGUCUUUCGUAAUUCCACUGAUCGCUAAAUACUUCACGUGUGUGCUGGUCUUGGUGGCGCUCUCCGUCGUCUGCACUGUCAUCAGUUUGAACCUGCACUUCCGCAACCCUAAUACGCAUAGCAUGCAUGGAUGGCUUCAUUGCAUCUUACUUGAUUACCUGCCGUGGAUACUGCGCAUGACUCGCCCGGGCCGGGAAAUCGCCAAUCCCUGUUACUCUAAGCACGUGACCGGCAAACCGAAGAAGGACUUUGAGCUGAUGGAGCGAUCCCCGCUGCGCAACCGCGCCACGGGGCUGGGGGAGAAAGCCACCCGCAACGGCAUCCGGACGGGGAACUGCCACGGCUACCUGAACUCCACAGACGCCAUUGGGGUGAAGUACGCCAACUACGCGACGGGCACCGGCGGCGACGGGGCCGAGGUGGAGCCGAUGCUGAGCGUGGACCACAAGGGCUGCACAGGCUGCACCAACAAGGGACCUAUUCUGGAGGAACUGCGGUUCCUUACCAACAGGUACCGGAAAAAGGAGACCGAGGACGAGGUGAUAUCCGACUGGAAGUUCGCGGCCAUGGUGGUGGACCGGCUCUGCCUCGUCGUUUUCAGCAUCGCUACUCUCCUCGUCACGUUUAUCCUCCUGUGCACCGCACCGAAUUUCGGAAAAUGAGGGCUGGGGAAAACGAGAGCCAUCGCUUACGUGCCAUGGUGGCUCGAAAUGAAGAGAAUGUCUUUCACUUGGGCCAUGUCCUACUUCCUUUACACAGUAGAGACAUGCACGACACCAAGAUUGUUUAUUCAGGCAUUUUGAAGAACAGCAUAUACCUGUGCCGCUACAGUCAAUGGUGCAGGUUCGCAGCUCCCUGGAUGACACCAUUUUGGGAAGGUCCAAGCAGGGAAAGAAUGACAGUUCUUUGAGAAUUUGCUGGGAUUUCUGCUGUGUUAGUAUAUUAUGGAUAUUGUUAGGGGACCAGCUGAGGACACGGUAAACGGUUUAAAUCAUUUUCACAGCAAUUUUGGCGUGAAACCGAGGUUAGAGGGAAACGUAACUGGCUGUCUGUUUUUCAUGAAACCAUUGUAAAGGGAUGAGAAACCUGCAGAAGAUAUACAGUAAAAGAGAAGGAAUUAAGAUGCUUGGAGAUUAUGAGUUGUCUUGGGCUAUUUUUGUACGGUCUUUCAGCACGAUUUCCAAUCAGAUGUUCUCAAUAAAGCAGCGACGUUCAAGUUGCAGAGAAAGUAUUGAUUAUGAAGUUAUAGCGUACCCUGAAGGUUAUAAAUAAAAGAUAAUUUCUCGUCGAGACAAACAAUAUUUUGCCUUGUUGUGUGUUGGGUACUGAAUAAUAAAGUAACAUGUAAUACUUGGUACUACCCAGAAAUAGCAAAGGGGAAACAGGUUUAAGUGGGUUUAUUUUGGAUGACCGCAUAGGAACAUUUUAUAACAAUUUCUUGGCAUCCCUAGAGCAGUGUGCUAGAUUUAAGAUACAUUAUCUAACAUUUUGAGACCAUAAGUAAGUUUAAGUAUGUAACUAAAAAAAUGACCCACUUAGGUAUGACAGUUCUUUCUAGAAACGAGUCUGGGUUUGUUAUGCAUGAUUUCAGUCUCUGGUCAGUACAGGUCAAGAUACAUCGUUGGACCUUUUUACCAGAACAUUGGUCAUUGGGGGAAAAAGCCUCUCGUAAGGCACCUGUUACAUUCAGUCAUGGCAGUAUUUAUGAAACCUACGGGAAGAAAAGAAAACAGCCUACAAAUACAACAGUGAACAAAGGCCCGUAGUGUUAAUGCAAAUUAUGAAUAAGAAAGCGUUUGAUUCAGGUGUGACGAGGUACGUUUUAGUGGUAUACUGGGUAGAAAAAUACACAAUGACUAUUUCCAGUGUGUUUUAUAAAACUAUAUAUAUUUGAUGUUUCAAUGACAUUUUGCUAAUUGACGGGCACUUGUAUGCAUCCUAUUGAAUCAGUGUUUUGUGUUGUCUAAAUUAUAUGGAAUACCAUGACGUUGCUUUAAUUAAGGUGACUGACCACUGGAUGUACAUUCGAUGUAAUUGGUGUUGUACUUGUAUAAAGGAAUAUGUUCUAUAUAUUGUACAGUAGUAAGUGCAGGCACGGUUUGGGUAUUUUGCAGGUCAAACAGUUCAAUGUGCAAGUUUUUGUUUCUUUGUAGUAUAUUCUAUGAACUAAUGUAUAAACUAAAGAUUAAUAUCGGCAUUGAUUACUUAGCUGUGAUGGGAUUUCUGCCCAAUUUUUGUAAACUCAUGCUUAUUGCAAGUUUUCCUGAAAAGUUUAAGACCAUUCUCGCUUUUCAGGUCUAUACAUGUAUGUCCUCAGUGUGGCUCCGUAAGUAGCCAUUAAGGGCCCUGUGCACAACUCGGAAUGUUUUUAGCACUUAAAAGGUUCGCAUUUGUGCAUGUAAAAUUUCAAAGUAUUCAAAGUAAUAGGCAUAAGGAAGGAAAUGUUUUGAGCUCACUCGCAAAAAUGUGGAAGGGUCGAAUCUUGUCUAUCAAUAUGUCCUGUACUAAUGUCUGUUUAUUUAACCAAUCAGACAAGUUUUUAUCUGAAAAGGGACUUAGCUUUUGCUUGAUAUUAUAUUGAAGAUUCACAUUAAAAUGUUUUUCACCCCAUUGGCAUUGUUCAUAGGUAAGUGGACGAGGAUUGUUGAUCCAUUGAAAUUAAGUAUAGGGCGCUUUGCCGUGCUAUAUAUGUUGCAGAUAGCAUCUCUUGACAAUGGCAUUCCUGCAUAAGAGCAUAUGCGGCUCGCCUCUUCGUGAAAGAGUGGCGGAAUACGGUGUACGUGGACUUUUGAGAACGUUUUAAUAAUGCUUUAUUUGCAAUAGCAUGUUUAAAUAUCACAAUUGUUUUAAGAUUUGAAGCUAAUUAAGAGUUGUAGAGGUAAAUUUCCCUGGUGGAAUUACUUCUUGUUAGAUGUGUUUUAAGUAUACCGCGGUAAUGUUGUCGCCUAUAACAUCAAUAGAUUUUAAAGAGUGAUUUUUGUUUUUUUGCUGUAUUGUUUCUUUAAGUGUGUGUCUAAAUAUAAGCAAAUGCUGCGCCCGAAAUUGGCCGUAAACUAAAUGGCAGGCGCAAUUUUUUUUCAACUGUAAGACAUGUGCACCAAAAGUACAAUUGCUUGAACUCACCUUCUGCACCUGUACCGACUUGACAGGGCUUUGGUCAUGAUGACGGCUAUUGGACCUACACGAUUUGAAUGUAAAGGCUGGCAAGUCAGGGGAAUCAACCCUCAAAAGUGAAGGCCAUCCAUGAAGUCCGAAAGCACGAAAUAUGCCCGUGCGUAUAUACGUGCAUACGGCUUAAGUCUAGGUGUUUCCUCCGCCCGUCGUAAGCAUGGCAUACGCGCCGCAUAUUAUACCCAUCACACUUGUCAGACUACCGCAAUAAAUGUGUGUUAUAACCGGAGUUCGUAUAGCUUCCAGUGCAUGAAAACUGCUGCUAGUGGCAUGAAACAUGUUAAAGUACGUUGAUUUAGUGACAAUUGUUUGAAGACAGCUGUUCACUUAGACUCUAUUUAAUAACUUUACGCAAUGGUGGGGGGGGGUCUCCAGGCACAUUCUGAGUGCAAUGUCAACAACACCCUCCGUACAAAAUGUACCCUGUGGGCAAUUCCUUGGGGGUGAUUACGUUAUUUCACCUCCAGAGUAAAACAGGGCAAGUGAAUUUAUAUAUUUACCUCAAACAGUAGAAAAACCUCGACUCUCAGUAUCAAAGUAAAAUACUUUUGAAACACAAAAAAUGACCAGAAAAACAUUAUUUAUCUCCCUUUAUUUGCUUUUUGGAGCAACAUUCUUAUGGAAGUAUUUAAUAGUAGUAAUCAAACUUGACAACCCGUGUCCAAUGGCACCUAUGGACAUCCAGGUCACCAUUUUAAAUAUCAAAUAAUACAAGGAGAAGAAAAGGGAAAAACAGUAACAAUCAACUUUACCGUCAAUAAAAUUUCCAUUAAUAGUUCA